AUGGCCGAGACAUGUCCUCCCAAACUUUUGUAUUUCGGCCACCCUAAUGGAUUCCAUAUUUUCGCCAGCGGGGUGAGCUGCCAAGAAGCCUUCGGGGCCUGUCCGGCAGGCUGGAAUGCAUUUAAUCCCCUUGCAGCAAUCGUAGGCGGUCUCGUCGCUGGCCUCAUAACCCUGAUAUGCAUAGGGGCAUUUUGCUACUGUAUACGACAACGACGUCUACAGGCGCAUCGAAUUCUUUGGCAGAACCCGCCGGAGCAGCAGUACAGUGUGUAUCCCCUGCAAGGACAAGCAGCCUAUCCCCCACCAGCUGGUCCGCCGCCCCCAGCACAGCAGGUUUAUGGGGCUGCGUACGACGCUGCUCCAACUUACUAUCAGGCGCCGCCGCUUCCUUACAAUCCGUUUCCAGAUACAUAUAAUGAUGGCGGCGCGCAGCCGCCACCGCCAGCGUACGUGGAGGCAAUAGGGCAUCCAAAAGGGAUAUGA